CCUAUGCGCAGUUCACAAAACACGGAAGUCGUUCAGGUAUUUAAGCGCCAAGGCACAAUAUGUCUUCUCAAUCUGCUUCUGACAGUACAUUUGUACAAUGAAAACAGUUGUAUGUUUAGUCGUUUUGGCUGCGAUUAAUGAUGUUGCAGCAUUUUCUUUCCAAAGCCAGCUGGAAAAGAAUGUGGAGAGAUACAAACACAACAACUUUAGAUGGAACAUAAGAAACGUUAAUAGUGAAGACUUUACAUCUCUGAGGAAGUUAGAGGAGAGGAAAGACAAAGAAUUCGUGGAUUAUUUGGAACAGGGCAUCAAACGCAAUUAUGACGACGCUGAUAAGGGUAAGAGAUCACCGCAAGUCAUGAUGUACAACGCCCAACAGGAAAACGACGUUCCACAGCCAAUGAUGUACAGUAAUAAGAAGGAGAAGAGAUUACCGCAAGUCAUGAUGUACAACGCGCAACAAGAAAACGACGUUCCGCAGCCAAUGAUGUACAGUAAUAAGAAGGACAAGACAUCACCGCAAGUCAUGAUGUACAACGCCCAACAAGAAAACGACGUUCUGCAGCCAAUGAUGUACAGUAAUAAGAAGGAGAAGAGAUCACCGCAAGUCAUGAUGUACACCGCCCAACAAGAAAACGACGUUCCGCAGCCAGUGAUGUACAGUAAUAAGAAGGGUAAGAGAUCACCGCAAGUCAUGAUGUACGACGCCCAACAAGAAAACGACGUUCCGCAGCCAAUGAUGUACAGUAAUAAGAAUAUGAAGAGAUCGCCUCAAGUCAUGAUGUACGACGCCCAACAAGAAAACGAUGUUCCGCAGCCAAUGAUGUACAGUAAUAAGAAGGACAAGAGAUCACCGCAAGUCAUGAUGUACAACGCCCAACAAGAAAGCGACGUUCCGCAGCCAAUGAUGUACAGUAAUAAGAAGGGUAAGAGAUCACCGCAAGUCAUGAUGAUGUACAACGCCCAACAAGAAAACGACGUUCCGCAGCCAAUGAUGUACAGUAAUAAGAAGGACAAGAGAUCACCGCAAGUCAUGAUGUACAACGCCCAUCAAGAAAACGACGUUCCGCAGCCAAUGAUGUACAGUAAUAAGAAGGACAAGAGAUCACCGCAAGUCAUGAUGUACAACGCGCAACAAGAAAACGACGUUCCGCAGCCAAUGAUGUACAGUAAUAAGAAGGACAUGAGAUCACCGCAAGUCAUGAUGUACAACGCUCAACAAGAAAACGACGUUCCGCUGCCAAUGAUUUACAGUAAUAAGAAGGGUAAGAGAUCACCGCAUGUCAUGAUGUACAACGCCCAACAAGAAAACGACGUUCCGCAGCCAAUGAUGUACAGUAAUAAGAAGGGUAAGAGAUCACCGCAAGUCAUGAUGUACAACGCCCAACAAGAAAGCGACGUUCCGCAGCCAAUGAUGUACAGUAAUAAGAAGGACAAGAGAUCACCGCAAGUCAUGAUGUACAACGCCCAACAAGAAAGCGACGUUCCGCAGCCAAUGAUGUACAGUAAUAAGAAGGACAAGAGAUCACCGCAAGUCAUGAUGUACAACGCCCAACAAGAAAACGACGUUCCGCAGCCAAUGAUGUACAGUAAUAAGAAGGGUAAGAGAUCACCGCAAGUCAUGAUGUACAACGCCCAACAAGAAAGCGACGUUCCGCAGCCAAUGAUGUACAGUAAUAAGAAGGGUAAGAGAUCACCGCAAGUCAUGAUGUACAACGCCCAACAAGAAAACGACGUUCCGCAGCCAAUGAUGUACAGUAAUAAGAAGGACAAGAGAUCACCGCAAGUCAUGAUGUACAACGCCCAUCAAGAAAACGACGUUCCGCAGCCAAUGAUGUACAGUAAUAAGAAGGACAAGAGAUCACCGCAAGUCAUGAUGUACAACGCGCAACAAGAAAACGACGUUCCGCAGCCAAUGAUGUACAGUAAUAAGAAGGACAUGAGAUCACCGCAAGUCAUGAUGUACAACGCUCAACAAGAAAACGACGUUCCGCUGCCAAUGAUUUACAGUAAUAAGAAGGGUAAGAGAUCACCGCAUGUCAUGAUGUACAACGCCCAACAAGAAAACGACGUUCCGCAGCCAAUGAUGUACAGUAAUAAGAAGGGUAAGAGAUCACCGCAAGUCAUGAUGUACAACGCCCAACAAGAAAGCGACGUUCCGCAGCCAAUGAUGUACAGUAAUAAGAAGGACAAGAGAUCACCGCAAGUCAUGAUGUACAACGCCCAACAAGAAAGCGACGUUCCGCAGCCAAUGAUGUACAGUAAUAAGAAGGGUAAGAGAUCACCGCAUGUCAUGAUGUACAACGCCCAACAAGAAAGCGACGUUCCGCAGCCAAUGAUGUACAGUAAUAAGAAAGACAAGAGAUCACCGCAUGUCAUGAUGUACAACGCCCAACAAGAAAGCGACGUUCCGCAGCUAAUGAUGUACAGUAAUGUUCCGCAGCCAAUGAUGUACAGUAAUAAGAAGGGUAAGAGAUCACCGCAAGUCAUGAUGUACAACGCCCAACAAGAAAACGAAGUUCCCCAGCUGAUGCAUGUAAUGAUGUACAGUGAUGAAAAAUAUAAGGAAUCACCGCAGCCCAUGAUGUACAACGGCCCAAAAGACGACAUUUCCCAACCUAUGCAUGUAAUGAUGUACAGUGGUAAGAAUGGUAAGAGAUCACCGCACACAAAGAUAUACAAUGCUCAAGAAGAUGAUAAAAAUCGAACAUUAAGCAAUUCAAUUGAAUGGUAUGUAAUUGCUAAUGCUGUUAUAAAACAUGUACCACAGACUGCAGAGGGGCACUUCCUACAAUGGAGACAGACUAUAUCAAUUUUUGGAGAUGAUGAUUUAACAAGACAGUUUUACAAAAUUAAGUUUCCUGCAUUAAAGGUCGGAGGAGUGAUAAAAAACAUUGCAAAGUGUGAAACUUUUGAAAAGCUAUUUCGUUUAUGAUAACGGUUUUAUGAAUCAAAAGCUUGGCCUUCUUGGACUUUCUGGAAGGUCAGUGGCUCCAAAACAACAGAAACUCGCAUUUUACAAUGUUCUUGAAAAAUACCAAACGCUGAAAAUUCCCACUGAAAGCGACAAAAUUUUCUACAGUUUUAAUGACACACAGUUGGCUGAUGCAUUGAAUCGUUCUGGACUUCAGGAAAUGAGCAAAGAAUAUGUUGACGCAGGACUUCACUUGUAUACUUCUGAUGAACAAACCGAAAUAAUGAAAAAAGUUGACGCAGCUAUGAACCUUAUAAAUAAUACGAUGCCAGAACUUUACAAAGUCAUUCACCAAGUAGUAGCAUGCAUUGCAUUUUACAAAUCAGAGCAUCCCGGUUAUGCUGGAGGAACUGUCAGCUCGGCUCUUGGCAUUAUUUGGCAAGAUCCACGUGCCUACAGGGAACAGUCGGUGGCGCAUUAUGCCGAGCAGAUUGUUCACGAGUUUAUUCACACAUCCUUAUUCCUUGCUGACCUAGUUCACGGAACGUUCACUGAUUUCAAGUUACUGUUCAUGGCAAAGGUGUAUUCUCCCAUUCGACACGAACUGCGAGAUUUCGAUAAGGCUUUUCAUGCAUCUUACGUUUCUACAGGUGUUGCUCUUUUCCAUGCGAGGGCCGGAAAUUGGGACAAAGCUAGGAAGCUUGCGGAGCCAUUAAAAGCCUCUGUUGAUGGCCUUAUGAUGUUAAACAAUGAAAUUGGCGUGCUAAAUGAUUCGGGAACAGCUAUGCUUCAAGCUAUGGACGACUUCCUAACUGUUAUUCGUUUGUAAUUAUGUAAUAAAAGAAUUGGUUUA